AUGUCAGAUAAUAAUAUUGUUGGGAUAGAAUAUAAUAGAGUGACAAAUACAACUUCUACGGAUUUUCCAGGUCAUCAACAAAAUGGAGACUAUGCAUGGGACAUUGAAAAAUUUAAAAACAACUUUGAAAUCAAAAUCACAAAUUUGAGUGAAAGGACGGGGACUUUUGAUUUAAUACAUAUUGAUACAUCAAUAGCCAAUGCAUUCCGUCGUAUCAUGAUUGCUGAAGUUCCUUCAGUUGCUGCUGAAACUGUAUAUAUGUUUAUGAACACUUCAGUUAUUCAAGAUGAAGUAUUGGCACAAAGAAUUGGGUUAAUUCCUUGGAAAAUCGACCCAGAUAAAUUGACUUGGGUAGAUGAAACUGUUGAUAUUAAUGAUCGUUUUACCGAAGAUAAUACAAUUGUUUUAUCAUUAGAUGUUGCAUGUUCGAAAAACCCUCAUGCUCCUAAAAAUUCUACUGAUCCUAGAGAAUUAUAUAAAAAUUCCCAUGUUUAUGCUAAAGAUUUUAAAUUUGAACCUCAUGGAAAUCAAGAAGAAAAAUUUAAAGAUACUCCUGUGGUACCUUGUGAUCCUGAUAUUUUGUUAGCUAAAUUAAGACCAGGUCAAGAAAUUUCAUUAAGAGCUCAUUGUGUAUUAGGUAUUGGAUCUGAUCAUGCUAAAUUUUCUCCUGUGGCCACGGCAUCAUAUAGAUUAUUACCAGUUAUAGAUAUUAAACAACCAAUCACGGGGGAAUUGGCAAAAAAAUUCCAAAAAUGUUUCCCACCGGGAGUUAUUGGCAUUGAUACUAAUGGUAAGGCAUAUGUUAAAGAUGCCAGAAAAGAUACUGUUUCUCGUGAAGUAUUAAGACAUCCAGAAUUCGAUGGUAAAGUCCAAUUAGGUAGACAAAGAGAUCAUUUUAUAUUUAAUGUCGAAAGUACUGGUGCUAUGCCUCCAGCAGAGAUUUUUUUCAAAUCAGUAAGAUUAUUGAAAAACAAGGCUGAAUAUUUGAGAAAUUGUCCAAUUGGUCAAUAA